GCACCCAAAGAGUUCAUAACAGAGAACAAAAGAUGCAGCAGAGUUUCAAAGUCCUGAAGAGUGCUUUAAACAAGACUACUCCGUAUUCCUUUCUUAGAAGGACCCUUUCCUCUUCACUCAACAAUGCUACAAAUAGCUGUGAAUAUCUUGAAAAUUCGGUGCUGGUUGAGAAAGGAACAAACUCAAGAGUUUUAAUCCUUAAUAGACCCCAUGUCCUGAAUGCUCUUACCACUCCAAUGGGACAUCGGCUUGCUAAACUGUACGAGUCCUGGGCAAACGAUCCCGUCGUUGAUUUUAUUGUGCUGAAGGGAAAUGGCAGAGCAUUUUGUGCUGGUGGAGAUGUUGUUAGACUAUAUCGGUUAAUCAAUGAAGGGAAAAUUGAAGAAUGUAAAGACUGUUUCAGGACAUUUUACAGCUUCGUGUUCCUUUUAAGCACAUAUUUGAAACCGCAUGUUGCUAUAUUGGAUGGCAUUACAAUGGGUGGAGGAGCUGGGAUUUCAGUCCAUGGGUCAUUUCGUAUUGCUACUGAUAAAACUGUUUUUGCCACUCCUGAAGUUCUUAUUGGCCUCCAUCCUGAUGCUGGCGCUUCCUAUUAUCUUUCACGCCUACCUGGAUGCUUAGGGGAAUAUCUAGGUCUAACUGGAGAUAUGCUUAGCGGAGAAGAAAUGCUUGCUUGCGGGCUAGCUACCCAUUAUUCACCCAAUGCAAGUAUCCCUCUCAUUGAAGAGCAGCUUGGUAAAUUAGCUGCAAAAGAUUUUUCUGUAAUGGAAACUUUUUUAACUAGUUUUGGUCAGACUGCAAAUCCGAGCGAAAGAAGUGUUCUUCACAGGAUGAAUACGCUAAAUAAAUGUUUUGGUCAUGCCACAGUCGAGGAAAUUGUUGACUCUCUGGAAAGUGAAGCAGCCAGAACGAAAGAUGACUGGUGCAUUUCAACAGUUCGAAAACUAAGAGAAGCUCCGCCUCUGAGCUUGAAGGUUUCCCUGAGAUCUAUACGAGAAGGUAGAUUUCGGACACUUGAACAAUGUCUUGAUCGCGAGUAUCGGAUGACUCUUCGAGCAAUUUCUAGACAGAUCUCCAAUGACUUCUGCGAGGGAGUUCGAGCAAGAUUAGUUGAUAAAUGCUUUCCACCAAAGUGGUAUCCGCCUUGUUUGGAACAAGUACCCGAAGACAUGGUGGAUGCGUACUUUGCCCUGCCUGAUGCAUAUGAGCCUGGCCUAGAGUUACCUUCUAAGUUAUGAGAAGCCUUUGCCUAAGUCUUUAUUUAAUGUCAGAGUACACGAUACGGUAUCUUAGAUCCUGCUCUCGGAGGAUUUAUUGCAGAAACCAGCUUCAAUUUUAGAAUUGCUACUAUUAGAUUAUUUAGAUCAGCCUUGACUUGUAGACCUACUAUAUCCACGUUGUUGUAAUUUGGCGGAUAAAUUAGACAAUUAGCAUGUAAAACCCAAAUAAAUAGGAAAUGACAUAUAAGUAAUUCUAUGAAAUAGUAUAU